AUGCUUUCUUCACGACUUUCUUCCAUAUUAGCGAGAAAUUUAGUGAGACGGACACCCCAGGUAAGAUACAAUGACUUUCUUUGAUUAAUUUAUGGCGAAAUCUUGCCUAAUACGCAACUAAACGUGGCUGCAAAUAACGCGACCAGUCUGGUUGAACCAGCGGUUUACGUUUGGUUUUUGUACCUACAUUCCACGAUAUCAGUACUUUUUUGUCGAAAAACAUGGUAAAAUGAGCAUCAGAUUUAAUAAUUUCAUCCGGGGAAUGAAAACGAUGAAUCGUUCGAGUGUUAUUUCAUUUGUUUCGUUCGGUUGUGUGGUGGGAAAUUUGAGGAAUUGCAAUAUCACGGGGUUUUAAGUCACUUCCAAGGUGUGCACCGGCUCAGCUAUCCUCUUCCCGAAAUCGAUUUUUUUCUCAAGAUUAGAAGUAGUUGUAUAUAAAAUAACAGGCAUUUAAUUCAAUCUUUGAAGGACUUUUUUCAUCUUCACUUGGCCGGUGCUGUGUACAAAUAUCUGUACUUAUGCAACUUCUGAGAAGUUUUACCAACAGACAGAUGUAACGUAGUCAGAUGCACUUGCAAACGGUCUUUUCAAGUUGACAUGCAUGCAUACAGUGUAUAUGCAGAUUGUGCCCAUCAGAUCAGAGACUUUUCAGUCUAUAAAUAUUUGUAUCCGGCUUAAGACAUGUAGAAAUCAGGGCUUUGUUCUAGGUGGGUACCGGUCUGGCAGCUUCUGCCAACAGUCUUUUUCUCUCAGGCAACUUGUAAGUCCUAGUUUUUGUACAAAAGUCAUAUGCCAGGUUACCUUCAAUUUUUCUCAGACCCAGUUAUGAAUAUUGAUGUUCUUGUUGAACUUAUUCUAUGAACAGAACGCAGCCACCAUUUAUGAAAAUUAAGUGGUAAACUCACUUUGCCAAAACCACACUCCAGUUAUUUAAAUCUUAGCUACAGUGGCCACCAGUCUUCGAAUACUUUAUCAAAAGUUUAAAGAAGCUACCAGUCAGUGGGACAUUUUAAAAGGGAAAUAAAACCAAUAUAUUAUUUCAACCUUCAGUUUCUGACUCGGCAAUCUUGUAAAACAGAGAAUGAAGUGUAAUGAUAUAUAAAAAGUUGCAUGUAUUGUGUGUUUAUUUCUUUUCUGUAGAUCUAUCAUGGAUCCCUUGGCGCUGUGACAGUUGCUGUACGAAAUAUAUCAUCAUCUAGUCCUUCACUUGCCAGUGCUGGUAAGUUUGUGAUCUCUGCAUGUUAAGUGAUUGAUUAAGCAUUAUCUUUUGUAACAUUAUUUUGUAAUAUUAUUAUAUAAUAUUAUAUUAUUAUUGUUGUGGCCACUGAGCUUAGAUAAUGUUUCUUCUUAAGCAUUGGUCCCUUAAUGUAAUAAGCACCAAUCUGCGAUGUUCUAGCCAGCAGUUUGUCCAGACUUCUUGUAGAUCCCCACUUUUGCAAAAUUUUGAAGUAAAUAUCUUUUAUGAUACUAAGGGUAAUGAUGCCUCCUGGAAUCUUAGUUUUCAGUGUCUUAAAAGCCAACCAGUCUGAUCUUGAAUUUCUCAACAAGAAACAGGUUGGUUUUAAGUAAGCUAAUUUUCUGUAACAGGUACUGCGGAGGUUUCAUCAAUAUUAGAGCAGAGGAUCUUAGGCUCUGCACCCAAAGCUGAGCUAGAAGAAACAGGCCGUGUGUUGUCCAUUGGUGAUGGAAUUGCCCGUGUAUAUGGCCUUAAAAACAUACAGGCUGAAGAGAUGGUGGAGUUUUCCAGCGGCCUAAAGGUAAUAUUGAAAGCAUUUUUUUUUUUUUCUGCUACGUUAAUUUAUCAAAGUACAUCUGGUGAUUGUAUGCAUAUGUAUUUCUGCAGGGUAUGGCUUUGAACUUGGAACCUGAUAAUGUUGGUGUUGUGGUGUUUGGAAAUGAUAAACUGAUCAAAGAAGGUGAUGUUGUAAAGAGAACAGGUGCCAUUGUUGAUGUUCCAGUAGGUGAGGGAAUGUUAGGACGGGUUGUAGAUGCCUUGGGUAACCCAAUUGAUGGGAAAGGAGAACUAGCUGAUGUUACUCGUGCCCGUGUGGGUAUCAAGGCUCCUGGUAUUAUACCCCGUACCUCUGUUAAUGAACCUAUGUUGACUGGUAUCAAGGCUGUGGACAGCUUAGUUCCCAUUGGACGUGGACAGCGAGAGCUUAUCAUCGGAGACAGACAGACUGGGUUAGUAGAUGUAUUUGUAAGUUGAACGUUUAUACCUUUAUCUUUUCAGUUUAGUGUUGGUAAGCUCAUUUUUUUUCAUAUCAUUGUCUCCUUUUUUUUUUACUUAUGGGUAAUUUUUUCUUUGGAAAAAUAACUUUUUAAGUGGCACCAAAUAUUCUUUUAGUGACCCUUUUUUUCCAGUGAAGUGAACUCAAACGUGUUUCCUUUUCCAGAAAUGAUUUUCAGUAGGUCUUCUAUAAGGUUCUCAGGGAAACCCUUAAUGUGUGAUGUUUCUGUACUCUAUCCUAACUAAUGAUGUUGAUCUUUUUGUUCCAGUAAAACAGCCAUUGCCAUUGACACCAUCAUCAACCAGAAGAAAUUUAAUGAAGGGACUGAUGAAAGUAAGCAAAACAAAAUGUUAAGACGGAAUCCUUCAGGAAAUUGAGUAAUUUUACUUUUCAGUGUACCAAAACCUUGUACCAACACUUUUUGAGAGCUAUAAAUUAACGUAAUAAGUUAUAUAAAAUAACUCCAAAGAAAAGGUUGCAUGGGAGCUCGAGAAAAGAAACUUCAAAAGCUUCAGAUUUCACCAAAUGAAAUCUGAAAUUUAUUUUCCUGGGCACCCAUAAGAACCUUUUUGUUGGACUUAUUUUGCAUAACUUACUACAUAUAUAGAUCUUAAAAAGCAUAAAAAAGAAUGUAAUAUGGCUUAAAAUAUUCUUGUACAAGGUUUUUGUCCACUGAAAAUUAAAAUCACCGGUAUUCAAUUUCCUGAUGGAUUGCAUCAUAAUGCUUGCAUCGAAGCUUUCAAGUAUGCGUGACCAAUUUUUUCUAUUGUUGUCUGUCCCCGUAACUCUACCUCCAUGCACAGAGUUCUUUAAGCUGCAUUAAUCUGUUCCUUUCAUUUUUGCAGUUUUCUGUCAUAUGACAAUUUAAUAGCCAAACUUUUCAAUUCUAUAAGCAGGGUCUAAAAAUUUUACGGUGGUCUGGCCAUUCAAAAUUACCAGAACUUAACACUUGAACCACUGUUCAUGUUUUUGGAGAGGUUGGUAGCUUGAGAUGUGGUAGUACAAUGGCACUCAAGGUCUGCAAUUUGGUCAUCAACGACCUUUUUUUUGGCAUUUUAUCACUGAGCAGUAGAUUCUAAACUCUUAGAAAUCCCAGGUGUAAAUGCCUUGUGCAUUUUUAAAUGGUGGAUUCAGUGAAGCAAACUGUUUUGUUUUGUUGCUGCAAUGUUAGUCAUCAAAAUGUUUUUCUACUUCUUCAAUGCUAUUGUGGCCAAAAAGAUGGCAGCUUGAAGCUCUGUUUGGACUGCAGGAAAGAUGGUUGAGCAAUGGGCAACCUACUUUAAAACUUGAAAUAAAACUUAAAUUAAAAUAAUAAUAUAAAUAAUUUAUAAAUUUGCUAUAUAGCACCUUUUAACAUAAAAAUGAUCAGAAGCACUUUACAUGAAUAAUAAUAAUAAUUAUUAUAGAAUGAAUCUAUGAUAGAUAAAACCAUGUAAAAAUGCUGAUGAAAAUACAUAGAUGAAAUAAAAUGAAAAUAAAAAUAAAAUCAAGUUAAAACUACGUAAAAGCUGAUCUAAAACUUAAUUCUGGUCCUGAUGGUAGAGAAAAACACACCAGUGCCCCAUAUGGCCAAGAUUGUAACGAACAGUUUUCUCUUUUUCUGUGCAGAAAAGAAGCUUUACUGUAUCUAUGUCGCCAUUGGACAGAAGAGAAGUACAGUUGCUCAGCUGGUAAAGAGACUAACAGAUGCUGGUAAGUACUUCAUUUCAUAAUGUAUUUCAGUUUUACUCUUGGUUAAAAAAUUUUUUCCCUUAGCUGUUGCUUGUUUUAAGAUAAUUUAUGAUUGUGCGAAUCACAAAUAAUUCAAUAAUAAAUAACAAAUAAUACAUAGAAAGAUUUGUUUACAUGAAAAAAAGUAACAUAGGUUACAUAGUGAGUAACAUAGACCUGGCUCCAGUUUGUUCAAACCUCUCAGUGGAUAAGUAUUAAGGACACCAAAAUAAUGCAGUGUCCAGUGGUUAGGACUAUCCACCCUUUGAACGACUAGGGCCAGCAAGUGAAGUUUUCAUUGACAAAGCUUUGUUAUUCUGAAUUGAAUGUGUUUCAUUGUAUACAUGGCCUCUUUGUAGAUGCAAUGAAGUACACUAUUGUUGUAAGUGCCACAGCAUCAGAUGCUGCACCUCUUCAGUAUCUAGCACCUUAUUCUGGCUGUGCCAUGGGUGAAUUCUUCAGAGACAAUGGAAAACAUGCACUCAUUAUUUAUGAUGACUUGUCAAAGCAGGUAACUUCACGUAACAAUUUUGUGUAAUUUUACAGAGUAACCUUUGCUUAUGAAGUAGUAAAAUGUGAUAACUUACUCAUGGACUACAAUUUGAGAAAAAGUCCACAAGAUCUAACAAAACAUUGCUUUUUGUUUACUGUGAUACUUCAGGCUGUGGCUUACCGUCAAAUGUCACUGUUGUUGCGAAGACCUCCUGGUCGGGAAGCCUACCCUGGUGAUGUAUUCUACCUGCACUCACGUCUAUUGGAGAGAGCAGCUAAAAUGAAUGAUGAUAACCAGGGAGGUUCACUUACUGCGUUGCCAGUCAUUGAAACUCAGGUCAGAAAUAAUUCAACUUUAAAUUUUCAAUGUUCUAAGGGUGGGUUUUUUAAUACUCCUAACCUAACAGAAGCCAUGUACAUGUAGCUUGAGCAAUAAAGAACCUGUUUUUUGUUGUUUUGUAAAUUAUUUGCUUUGGUAUUACAUAACAGAGGCUUGUACAUCCAUGGCUUUUGGCACUGGGCCUGGGGAUUUCCAUGGUUACGAUGAGCAUGACGCCCAGCUACAUUCGUAGGAAAUAAAAUGAAAACAAAACCAAAAGAACUUUGUAGCUGUUCAAUUCUUUGCCUACUAAUAGCAUAUACUCAGUGGCAGCUUGAAAUCUAAGCCCUGCACCUUUCCCAUUACUGACAUAAACUGUCAUGUAAGUUGUCAUUAAGCCAUCUCCAUGUUCAGUAUUUUGUAAUGUUCUUGUAUUCCUAGUAACUUUGCUGAGCUGUUAACAGGGUGUUUCUUAGGCAUUGGAGAUGGGAGAAUUGUCUGUUUGCUACGCAAAAUUCUCUGGCUGACAUUCAGUAGCCUAUGCCUAUUUUUAUUCAGAGGAGCCUCUUUCAAAAUAUUCUUCCUGCUACCAGAAUUCUUCAUGAAAACCCAGUGUUUCUGCUCAAAAUUAAUUUGGGUUAGUUUGACAUUUCUUUUUUAUAUGCAAAGAAUGGUACAGAAACUCUAGGACAUUUCCUCAAUCAGUCUUGAUGCAUGAUGUUGCUAGGCUUUGUAUUGAAUUGAUUGUUUGCAGGCAGGAGAUGUAUCAGCUUACAUUCCCACAAACGUGAUUUCCAUCACUGAUGGUCAGAUCUUCUUGGAAACUGAACUGUUUUACAAGGGUAUCCGACCUGCCAUCAAUGUGGGUUUGUCUGUCAGCAGGGUGGGUUCUGCUGCUCAGACUAAGGCCAUGAAACAGGUUAGACUGGACAAACAUGUUCCUUAUAAUCUCCUUUUCAUCCCAUUUACCUGUUAUUACUUACAUCUGUGUUCCAAGAGUGACAAAUAUCAAUUUUCUCCUAAACAAUAUCAAUACACAAUCAAGAGAAAAGGUUGUGAGAAUUGAUUAAAUAAUCUCCUAGGGGAAAUGCUUUGAUCUUUUUUAAAACUCUCUCAACCUAUUGUUUAUGGAAGUUUAUAGAGACAACUCUGGAGAGUUUGAAUGUGGAUAUCGGGGCUUAACGGUUAAUGUAGUGAUGACUUUAUUGCAGGCAUUAUUAUGGUACCGGUUACUCUCUCUUAUGCCUAUGUUGAUCAACAGGUUGCAGGAUCCAUGAAACUUGAGCUUGCCCAGUAUCGUGAAGUUGCUGCUUUUGCCCAGUUUGGUUCCGAUCUAGAUGCUGCGACCCAAUCCCUCCUGAACCGAGGGGUUCGUCUCACAGAACUUCUUAAACAGGGGCAAUACGGUGUGUACUAAUUACUGUGGCAAUUAUUACUAAUUUUAUAAACAUAUGGAAACUAGGUCAGUGUCAACUUUGUCUCCCACGCAGACGUUCGCGUCCCUAGCAACCAUACCCUUGCCAUAUUUCCUGGUUUAAUGUUAGGUACUAUAACUUCAGUUUUUGUGGCUAAUUUUGUUGCAUUAUCUUGGUAGUUCCCAUGGAGAUCGCUGAACAAGUGGCCGUUAUCUAUGCCGGUGUAAGGGGCCAUCUUGACAAGGUCGAUCCUUCUCGCAUCACAGCCUUCGAAGAAGCGUUCCUGAAACAUAUCCGAUCUACACAACAGGAACUUCUUAACACCAUUAGAAAGGAGGGAGUCAUUUCAGAAGACACAGACGCCAAACUCAAGAAAAUUGUGACAGAGUUCGUAGCAUCAUUCGACUGAUUUUUCCAAGAAAAGUGUUAAUAUUUUUUUCACCGCAGUUUGUGUAAAAUGUGUUCUGUCAAGAAAUCGUCAUGCCUGUAAUUUUGGCGGUCCUGAAAUCGCAAAAAUAAAUUUUAGAAAAAGUUUAAGGGAGUUAGCUGGUUGUUGCCCUUCUUGUUGUCAUUAGUAUAGACUGAUGCUACUGAGCUCCUAGAAAGAAAGGAC